AAAAUCAUUCAGAUAUUUAAGUAUGGCACUAAAGAUGGGAAGCCAGCUGAUAAUUUGUUAAGAAAGCAUUCGUACAUUCUGCAACCAGUGACUGGGAAGGCAAAGUACUCCAAGCUACUGCCAACUGAAGUUGCUGAUAGCCAAAAUCCUUUACAGAAGGCUGUGGUGAACUUAGACGAUGUUACAAUCAGCAUAUCCAAGGAUGGAUAUGGGGAUAUCAUGAAAUUAGCAGACAACUUUGCUGCAUUUAAUCAACGACUAAAGUAUGCCCAUUAUCGUCCACUGGUGCCAGUAAAAGCUGAUUCCAGGUCUUGGUGGAAAUACGCCUACAGAGCUGUAUCUGACCAGAUAAAGAAGGCAAGUGGAAAAAUGUCAUGGGAGCAAGUUUUAAGAUAUGCAAGCUUGCGGAAGAGAUAUAUCUCUCUGUAUGCUUCACUACUUAAAUCUGAUCCCACUCAGGUUACAAUUAGUGGCAACAAAGAGAUUGAAGACCUAGAUCGGGAGCUUGAUAUUGAACUUAUAUUGCAAUGGAGAAUGUUGGCUCACAAGUUUGUGGAACAAUCGGCAGAGUCAAACCAUAACAUUAGGAAACAGAAAGCACAGAAAUCUUGGUGGUCAUUUGGAUGGACCAGUGAAUCCCCUAAAGAAGAAAGUGAUGAAUUCAAUUUCAGUGAAGAGGACUGGAACCAGUUAAAUAAAAUAAUAGGAUAUAAGGAGGGCGACGAUGGACAAUUGGCUGUAAAUAGCAAGGCGGAUGUUAUUCAUACUUUCGUGGAAGUUCACAUGAAUCAUAAUGCUUCAAAGCUUAUCGGUGAAACCAAAGAGUCCGUUGCUGAAUUAUCAUGUGAAGACCUUAGUUGCUCAAUAAAGCUUUAUCCAGAAACAAAGGUCUUUGACAUUAAGUUGGGCUCAUACAAGUUAUCAUCACCAAGAGGUCUCCUUGCUGAGAGUGCGACUUCCUAUGAUUCAUUAGUUGGUGUCUUCCAUUACAAACCUUUUGAUGAUAAUGUGGACUGGAGGAUGGUUGCCAAAGCUUCUCCAUGUUACAUGACUUACUUGAAGGACAGCAUUGAUCAAAUUGUGAAAUUCUUUGGAAGUAAUACUGCUGUAAGUCAGACAAUAGCACUAGAAACUGCAGCUGCAGUGCAGAUGACAAUUGAUGAGGUGAAGCGCACUGCACAACAGCAAAUGAACAGAGCAUUAAAGGAUCAUGCCAGGUUUUCAUUGGAUUUGGAUAUUGCAGCUCCCAAGAUUACUAUUCCAACUGAUUUUUGUCCAGACCAUACCCAUGCUACAAAGCUUUUACUAGACCUAGGGAACUUGAUGAUUCGUACACAGGAUGAUAAACAGCAGGAAUCAGCCGAGGAUAAUAUGUACCUUCGAUUUGAUUUGGUCUUAAGUGAUGUAUCAGCAUUUUUGUUUGAUGGGGACUAUCAUUGGAGUCAAGUUUCUCUGAAUAAGUCAGCCCAUUCUACUAACACUAGUUUCUUCCCAAUUAUUGACAAGUGUGGAGUCAUCUUACAACUUCAACAGAUUCGUUUAGAGACUCCAUAUUAUCCUGCAACGCGUCUUGCUGUGAGGCUUCCAUCAUUGGCCUUUCAUUUUUCACCAGCUCGGUAUCAUCGGCUGAUGCAUGUGAUAAAGAUUUUUGAGGAGGAGGAUGGUGACGGCUCUGAGUUGCUUCGUCCUUGGAAUCAGGCUGAUCUUGAAGGGUGGUUGUCUCUUUUAACUUGGAAGGGUGUGGGAGUUAGGGAGGCCUUGUGGCAGCGGAGAUACUUCUGCUUGGUUGGGCCAUUUCUUUAUGUACUUGAAAGUCCUGACUCUAGAUCUUAUAAACAGUAUACCAGCCUACGAGGGAAACAGGUAUCUGAGGUUUCACAAGAGCUUGUUGGUAAUGUACAACACGUUUUGGUCGUUUGUAGUCCUACACGAUCCAACAAUAAGGUUGUCGAGGACACAAAUGCACUAAUUAUUCGUUGUGAAUCUGAGGAAUCAAUGAAAACCUGGCAUAGGCGCUUACAAGGGGCUAUUUAUCAUGCAUCAAAUACAGCUCCAAUUUCUGGUCUAUCUGAAACCUCAUCAGAUCAUGAGGAUACCGAAUCAGAACAUGAUAUUGAUGUAGGAAUGGCUGAAAGUUUGUUUGUAACCGGUGUUCUUGAUGAAUUAAAGAUUUGCUUCUGUUAUAGUUAUCAGUCUGAUCAGAGCUUAAUGAAGGUUCUUUUGAAUGAAGAAAGACGAUUGUUUGAAUUUCGAGCAAUAGGUGGUCAGGUGGAGGUUUCUAUCAGAGACAAUAACAUUUUUGUUGGAACUAUAUUGAAAUCUUUGGAAAUAGAAGAUUUAGUAUGCUGUAGUCAACUAUCGUCCCAGCCUUGUUUUUUGGCAAGAUCUUAUAUUGGGACUGCAGAUGAAAAUUCAUUACUCUAUAAUAACAUGGGAAAAUACGUUGAAAGUGGUGUAUUGAUCCCUACUGAAAGUGACGAUAAGUUUUAUGAGGCACCCGAGACUUUAGCAGACAGUGUUGACUAUCCUAUGCAGUCUCCUGGAGGUACAUCAGAAUACCGAUCUAGUUCUGCCAGUGACAUGCGAUUUAAUUAUGCAUCUCUUAAACUCCCAAAGUUUAGUCGCAUUACUGGACUUCUACCUAGUGACUCUCCUAGUAGGAAGGACCUUGAACUCAGUGACACAUUGGAGAGUUUUGUUAAAGCUCAAAUAAUUAUCUAUGACCAGAACUCUUCUCAGUAUAAGAAUAUAGACAAGCAGGUGAUAGUUACUCUGGCUACCUUGACAUUUUUUUGUCGAAGACCAACAAUCCUUGCCAUUAUGGAAUUUGUUAAUUCUAUUAAUAUUGAGGAUAAGAACCUUGCAACUUCUAGUGAUAGCUCUUCUACAGCCAGAAUGAAAAAAGAUGUUUCAAGAGAUGGAGAUGAUCUACAAUCUACUGCUGUUGAGGAUCAUGCUGUUAAGGGAUUGUUCGGAAAAGGGAAAUCCAGAGUUAUGUUCAAUUUGACAUUAAAAAUGGCCCAGGCUCAAAUCCUUUUGAUGAAGGAAAAUGAAACCAAGCUUGCUUGUUUGUUUCAAGAGAGUUUGCUUACGGACAUCAGGGUGUUCCCUUCCUCCUUCAGUAUUAAAGCAGCAUUGGGGAAUCUAAAAAUUAGUGAUAAUAGCAUACCUAGCAGUCAUUUAUAUUACUGGGCAUGCGAUAUGAGAAAUCCUGGGGGCAGAUCUUUUGUGGAGUUGGAGUUCACAUCAUUUUGCAAUGAUGAUGAAGACUAUGAAGGUUAUGAUUUCAGUCUUUUUGGAGAGCUUUCAGAAGUGCGCAUUGUGUAUCUAAAUCGAUUCUUGCAGGAGGUUGUUGGCUACUUUAUGGGUCUCGUUCCAGACAGCCCAAAGAGUGUCGUUAAAGUAACAGAUCAAGCAACAAAUUCAGAGAAAUGGUUUUCAGCUAAUGAAAUUGAAGGAUCACCCGCUGUGAAGUUUGAUCUUUCUCUCAAGAAGCCUAUAAUAUUAAUGCCACAGCGGACAGAUAGCCUUGAUUUUUUGAAGCUUGACAUUGUUCAUAUAACUUUGAAGAACACAUUUCAGUGGAUUGGUGGAAGUAAAAGUGAAAUUAAUGCAGUGCACUUGGAAACUUUGACUGUCCAGGUUGAAGAAAUCAACUUGAAUGUUGGAACUGGAUCGGACAUAGGUGAAAGCAUAAUUCAGGAUGUGAAUGGGCUAUCUGUGACUAUUAACCGGUCGCUUCGAGACUUGUUAGGUCAAUUUCCAAGUGUUGAAGUCAUAAUCAAGAUUGAAGAGUUGAAGGCGGAAUUGUCGAAUAAAGAAUAUGAAAUUAUUACUGAGUGUGCUAUUUCUAACUUUUCUGAAGUCCCUGAUAUUCCUUCACCGCUGAAUCAAUAUUCCUCCAUGACAUUAAAUGAUACCACAGGAGGUAUUGUCCCUGAGGUUAUAAAUGGUGUUGAUUCAAGGACCACCAAUGUUGAACCCUCUGUUCUGCUGAAACUCUGUGUCUCCAUUAAUCUCGUUGAGUUGAGCUUAUAUACGGGGUUAACUAGAGAUUCAUCUCUAGCCACUGUACAGGUCAGCAAUGCCUGGCUGCUGUAUAAGUCCAGUACAGCAGGAAACGGAUUUCUCUCUGCAACACUUCAGGGUUUCAGUGUGUUUGAUGACCGUGAGGGAGUUGAACAGGAGUUUCGGUUAGCUAUAGGAAAGCCUGGAAAUGUUGGACCCCAUCCCAUUCAUACUUCUUCGCAUAAUCAAAACCAGGAUUCAGUUGAUGGUAGCUUAAUUAUGGGAAAUAAUUUUGAUCUAGUUCAGACAAUGCUCAUUGUUGAUGUGAAAUUUGGUCAGGAUUCGACAUUUGUUUCUCUGGGUGUCCAGAGGCCUCAGUUGCUUGUUGCACUAGAUUUUCUUCUUGCUGUAGUUGAGUUUUUUGUUCCAACUGUCAGCAGUAUGCUAUCUGUUGAAGAAAAUAGGUCUGACAUGCUAGAAGCUAUCGUCAUUGAUCAAUCUGUCUACAAGCAACCUUGUCCUGAAUUUUCCCUAUCACCUCAAAAGCCUUUAAUAGUUGAUGAUGAUGGUUUUGAUAAUUUCAUUUAUGACGGUGAUGGUGGAAUAUUAUAUUUAAAGGAUAGACAGGGUUUUAAUCUCAAAGCGGCUAGCACGGAGGCUAUAAUAUACAUUGGAAAUGGGAAGAAGUUGCAGUUCAGAAAUGUUGUUAUUAAGGGUGGCCCACAUUUGGAUUCUUGUGUAUUUCUUGGAGCAGACAGUAGCUAUUCUGCUUUAGCGGAUGAUUAUGUGUACUUGGAAGAAUUAGUUGAAAGCCCCCAGUCUAAGUCUUUAAAAGGAAGUGUGGACGAAGUACCAUGUCAGAAUAAUGCUGUUAAUAACUCCACAGAACUGAUCAUCGAGCUUCAGGCUAUUGGUCCAGAGCUUACCUUUUAUAACACCUCAAAAGAUGUAGGAGAGUUAUUGAACCUAUCUAAUAAACUUUUACUUGCACAGUUGGAUGCAUUUUGCAGGCUUGUAUUGAAGGGUAACAAUACUGAGAUGAGUGCAGAUGUACUUGGUUUGACUAUGGAGAGUAAUGGAAUCAGGAUUUUGGAGCCAUUUGAUACAUCGUUGAAGUACUCAAAUGCUUCAGAUAGGACCAAUAUUCAUUUAUCUGUUUCCAAUAUUUUCAUGAAUUUCACUUUCAGUAUCUUGAGACUAUUUAUUGCUGUGGAAGAUGAUAUUUUAGCAUUUUUAAGGAUGACAUCAAAGAAAAUGACAAUUAUUUGCUCUCACUUUGACAAAGUUGGAACAAUAAAACAUUCUCAAUCUGAUCAAACGUAUGCCUUUUGGAGGCCUCAUGCUCCUCCUGGUUUUGCUGUACUUGGUGACUACCUGACACCACUAGACAAACCACCAACAAAAGGAGUUCUUGCAGUAAAUAUCAAUUCUGUAACAGUUAAGAGACCUAUUAAUUUCAGAUUGAUUUGGCCGCCUUUAACAUCUGUUGGCAUUAAGGGUGAAGAAGUGGACAAUUCUGACUCAUGGAAUACUGAGGCAGAUGCCGUUUGUUCCAUUUGGUUCCCCGAAGCUCCCAAAGGUUAUGUUGCACUAGGUUGUAUUGUUACUCGUGGAAAGACACCACCCCCACUAUCUUCUGCUUUUUGCAUCCCAUCUUCUUCUGUAUCUCCAUGUUCAUUAAGGGAUUGUAUCACAAUAGGCACCACUGAUAUAUCACCAUCCCGUGUGGCAUUCUGGCGAGUGGAUAAUUCUGUUGGCACUUUUUUGCCAGUAGAUCCUAUUUCUCUUAGUUUGAUGGGUAAAGCAUAUGAAUUGCGUUGCAUUAAAUAUGAUUAUUUGAAGCCAUCCUCUGCAGCAGUAAGUAGUCAGGAUUCCUAUGCUCCUGGUGGACAUCAAACCUUGCAACCUGACCAGUCUAUUGGUGCGAAUUCUAAUAGGCGUUAUGAGCCUGUUGCUAGCUUUGAGUUAGUGUGGUGGAAUCAGGCAUCAAAUUCAAGAAAGAGGUUAUCCAUAUGGCGUCCGGUUGUCCCAGCAGGAAUGGUAUAUUUUGGUGAUGUAGCUGUUAAAGGGUAUGAACCUCCAAACGCCUGCAUUAUAGUUCAUGAUUCCAGGGACGAAAAUGUUUUUAAAACUCCACUAGAUUUUCAGCUUGUCGGACAAAUAAAAAAGCAUAGAGGAAUGGAAAGCAUGUCAUUCUGGCUUCCACAAGCUCCUCCUGGCUUUGUUUCCUUGGGUUGUGUUGCAUGUAAGGGGAAACCUAAGCAAAGUGAUUUUAGCACAUUAAGAUGCAUGCGGAGUGAUUUGGUAGCAGGUGAUAAAUUUUUAGAAGAAAGUGUAUGGGAUACAUCUGAUGCAAAGCAUGUAGCAGAACCAUUUAGCAUAUGGGCUGUUGGCAAUGAGUUGGGGACUUUUAUUGUUCGUGGUGGUUUCAAAAGACCCCCAAGAAGGUUUGCUUUGAAACUUGCAGAUUCAAAUGUGCCAAGUGACUCAGAUGUGACAGUCAUUGAUGCAGGAAUUGGGACCUUCUCAAUGGCUCUUUUUGAUGAUUACAGUGGUUUGAUGGUUCCUUUGUUCAAUAUAUCUUUGAGUGGAAUAACAUUUAGUUUGCAUGGAAGAACUGGGUAUCUAAAUUGCACUGUUGGUUUCUCCUUGGCUGCCAGGUCAUACAAUGAUAAGUAUGAAGCUUGGGAACCUCUUGUUGAGCCAGUAGACGGGUUCUUAAGGUAAUUGCUAUGUGUUUACAAAAAUAGAAUACUUGUGUGAGACAUCAUAUGUGCCCUUGGUCGAAUUCUUGAA